AUGCCGACCAAACUUGGAAGAAACUAUUUGAAUCUAUGUUUUUCAAAGAUCAAAAACCAACCCUCCCCUCAAUCUUCUCCGGCCACCACCCACACGGCUGACCACCGCCGUCAACCCCGCUCAUUCUCCACAGCCGCCACCUUCAUCUCAAACUACAACUCCCUCUACGAAGUCACCACCUCCGACUCCAAUUCCACCUCCAAACCCCUUUUUGCCCCCGCCAACGACGGUGCCGAUCCCGAAACCUAUGUUGCUGUCGACUUCAUCACCGCCUUCACCUCCCACCGCUUCUUCUUCUCCUCCCCCGGCAGCUCCAACUCCAUCAUAGAAUCCACCACAACCACCGCCGCUGAAUCCACAACCACUUCACUAUCUUCCGACGACUCAGCAGGCGACGACGACUUGAUGAUCUUCAAUAACAGCCUUGCAAUCCCGACGUACUCACCGGACCCGUAUGUGGACUUCCGUCGGUCAAUGCAGGAGAUGGUGGAGGCGCGUGAGGAAAUCGCGACGGCGACGAAAAAGUCAAGAUGGGAAUUCUUGCAUGAGCUUCUUUUAUGCUAUCUCGCACUUAAUCCUAAAACCACUCACAAACACAUCCUUAAAGCCUUCGCCGACCUUGCGACGGUAACAAAACCGCCAUUGCCGCCGGAGGCGACGGAGACGGACGGGAGCAGGGAUCGGGAAGGUGAGUCAGUUGCCGACGGCGGCGGCGGGUGUGAGGUCUCCGUCCAACAAAAUGAUAGAGAUUGAUGCAUAUAAUUAUUAAAUGUGGGGUUGCAUGAGAAAUUGAUUAGAAAAUAAGUUUGAUAUGAUUUUGAGUUUAUAAAUAUUUAUAUAAUAUAUGGGGGAAAAAAAUAAGUGGGUCCCACAAGACAUUGGUUUUUGUAACCUUAAUUAUUAGA